AGAGGGCUGUCGGCGCAGUAGCAGUGAGCAGCAGAGUCAGCGCGCUCGGCUAGGGGCAGAAGAGCGCGAGGGAGCGUGGGGCAGCAGGAGCGAGCGCCGAGCGCGGACCUAACCCAGACGCGCAGCCCUUCGCGAGCGGCCCAGGCAGAGCCCCCGCCAUGGCUCACCAGCUCCUGUGCUGCGAAGUGGAGUCCAUCCGCCGCGCGUACCCCGACACCAACCUCCUCAACGACCGAGUGCUGAGGGCCAUGCUCAAGGCGGAGGAGACCUGCGCUCCCUCCGUGUCCUACUUCAAGUGUGUGCAGAAGGAGAUCCUGCCGUCCAUGCGGAAGAUCGUGGCCACCUGGAUGCUGGAGGUCUGCGAGGAGCAGAAGUGCGAGGAGGAGGUCUUCCCUCUGGCCAUGAACUACCUGGACCGCUUCCUGUCGCUGGAGCCCCUGAAGAAGAGCCGCCUGCAGCUGCUGGGGGCUACCUGCAUGUUCGUGGCCUCCAAGAUGAAGGAGACCAUCCCCCUGACAGCCGAGAAGUUGUGCAUCUACACUGACAACUCCAUCCGACCCGACGAGCUGCUGCAAAUGGAGCUGCUCCUGGUGAACAAGCUCAAGUGGAACCUGGCUGCCAUGACCCCCCACGAUUUCAUCGAACACUUCCUYUCCAAAAUGCCAGAGGCCGAGGAGAACAAACAGAUCAUCCGCAAGCAUGCGCAGACCUUUGUCGCCCUCUGUGCCACAGACGUGAAGUUCAUUUCUAACCCACCCUCCAUGGUGGCCGCUGGGAGCGUGGUGGCCGCAGUGCAGGGCCUCCACCUGGGCAGCCCCAACACCUUCCUGUCCUGCUACCGCCUGACCCACUUCCUCUCCAGAGUGAUCAAGUGUGACCCGGACUGCCUCCGCGCCUGCCAGGAGCAGAUCGAAGCCCUGCUGGAGUCCAGCCUGCGCCAGGCCCAGCAGAACCUGGACCCCAAGGCCAACGAGGAGGAGGUGGAGGAGGCGGCGGGGGCCGACCUGGCCUGCACGCCCACCGACGUGCGGGACGUGGAYGUCUGAGGCGCCCGGGCGGCCGGCCCGCGGCACCACGGAGCACCCCGCAGCCUGGGAGGGGCCGCCCGCAGUGCUCCRGGCAAAGUCCCUCUCUUCAGGGACAUUUUGCUAACAGAAGGGAAGGUCUCCUUCUCCUUUCCUCUUUCUCCGUCUCUGACUUAAGCAAAA